AUGAGACAAUUCCGGGAGGAAAGUCCGAGGAAGAGAUUUCCAGGUCGCGACAAUGAUAGACGAAAAAGCAGAGGCUUGGACGAAGCAUGGGACCAAGAGAAUUCGUUGCAUGGCUACGGAAGAGGAAGCUCAAGACGCGACAGGUCAAGGUCGUUUACUGGCAGGCAAUCGACCGAGAGGAGCACGGCAAAGUACAAUCGUCAAGACAGCAAUGAUGGUAGGAUAUUUAGAAAUCGAGCCUCGAAAAGUGGCCUUGGUAAAAAGUAUUCAGAUCAGGAGUCAAUCCCCUUGGAAGAAGAAUUGGAUCCAGAACCAAAACGAAUGUUUCGGAAAGACUGGAUCAAGCUGAGGGAAGCUUCAGUGGAAAAGGCUACAGGCUCGAGCCUUGGCCAAGUGCUUGACCAGCCUUCUCCCAGAAUCCUUUCCAAAGCCAAGCAGAAACAGAUCAUCAAACCAGCCCCUAUAGCCAACUUUCCUCCCAAUGACAUGAAGAUGUUUGUUUCUUGCCUUCCUGGAUUGGAACCAAUCUUGAAGGCUGAAAUGGAGGCGCUGGGGUUUGAUUGCAACGAAGAGGCUGGUGGAGUAUCUCCCACGUCAACUGUUUCGUUGGAAGACAUUCUAAAUUGUCACAUUCACCUAGGCACGGCUUCCCAUGUCUUUAUCAGAUGUGGAAACCCCUUUUCGGCUUAUGGGCUCAAGGACCUUAAGAAGAAAGUGGGUCUUCUCCCCUGGCACCAGUUCCUGAGGGGCCAGGGCCAGUUGCUUGUACGAGUGAGCUCCAAAAAGAGCAAAUUGAACCAUAAAACAGCCAUUCGCACUGCCGUCCUGGACGGUAUCAAUGAGUCUCUCAAGGCCAAAGAACCAGAACAGAAUCGGACAGUGACAAAUGUAAAGCGAGACUCUGCAGACGAAGAGGCUCUUGCUUUGCUUGUUCGAAUUGAACAUGACCAAGUGCUUCUAUCGGUCGAUACCUCACAGACACCAAUCCACAGAAGAGGCUAUCGUCUGGAAACAGCAAAGGCGCCGCUACGCGAGGAUCUAGCCUUUGCCAUGUUGCACAGUGCAGGCUGGUGCAUGCAUGAUCCAACAAAUCCAAAAGCGCCAGUCCCAACGUUUAGUGGCUUUCUAGACCCCUUUUGUGGUUCAGGAACCAUUGCCAUCGAGGCAGCAUCCAUUGCCGCUGGUUUGCCGCCCGGUCGUCUAAGACCUGUGCCUCUUGCUGGGACUUCUUUGUACAAGCCACAACUCUGGCGACAACGCUUAGGCAAGGUGGUGCGAAAGGUCCCCAAAAAGGAAGGAGAGCGAAAACAGUUCCAAAUUGCCGCAUCAGACCGUGAUGCAGGGGCUGUGGCAGCAGCGAUCGAGAAUGCCAAACGUGCCGGAGUCAAUGAAUGGAUCGACAUCCAACAAUCGGCAAUCUCUGCACACCCGUGGCUCAAUAGCGACUCUACUUCCGAGAAAAACAGUGGGCCUUAUCCUCUGCUGGUGGCCACAAACCCACCUUUUGGAAUGAGAAUUGCGGCAGCAGGAGGCAAGAAGAGCAAAUCGAAGGUGCAUCCACUUCUGCCACUGUACCAAACUUUGAUUGGACGACAGAGCAGGCUCUCAGCAGGGGGGAAACCGGUAUCUACAAUAACCCUUCUGCAGGAUCCGAACUUGUUUCGCAAGACCGGUGCUGACAUGAAUAUCAGGUUCAGCUCGCAGCAUGGUGGCAUCCCAGUUGCGGCUGCUUUCACGGCCGCACCAACACUAGAUAAGUCAGAAAGCAAGGAAGGCUGA